AACACGUGCGCCGCCGAGUUUGCGCGCGACCGUCGCUCUGGCAAGUUCAAGUUGACCUUAACAUUCGAACACAUUGAUUGGUACUGGUGAGAAUUUCCUGCUAUUAUCUUACACUCUGCAUCUGCCUAUCACUUAAGACUUCCGUCGCGCACAACGGGCACGCGCUCGAAUAGAGGUACUUGGACCUGUGCUUUCAUUCGAACCCACGGUGUCGAAAAGCUUCAAAAACGUCCGUGACGUCACGAGGCCUUGACUCUCUUUUCUCCUUUACCUUCACCAGGCCCUGCGACGCAGAACAUGUCGACUCAGUUCAUCGACCAUUAUGUGCAGCCGCUCACGGUUAGCCGGCCUGCGACGCCGGGUGACGAGAAGCGCGAGUUCGCGGUGGCGGUUGCGACCAGGGAAACGCCUCGGAAACAAGCACUGAAGGGGAUACUUGGCUCUUUGGACAAGAACCCUAGAUCCCUGAUCAACCUGAAAGAGCAGCUGGAACUUCUCACCCGUCUGGACUCAGACGGAGUAGCAGCAGUCGCCGCCUCUGACGAAGAGGAACAAGCCAUCCGCAAGGCGGUCGUCCAUCGCAUCGUGGUCGAAUUAUACGCGGAAACGAUGGAAGCACAUCUCGCGCAGGCCUCUCAGGCGGAGGAGGACGCGGAGUGGUGGGCAGACAUAGCGCGCUCGAGCACAAGCAUCGCCUUGUACCUCUUGCAGACCCUCCCGACGCGCGUGACGCGUGUCCUCAGCACCGUCCUUGACGCCCUCCGCGCCGAGAACCUGCCUGUCAGCCUCGCGUCUGUGCAGGACCUCCUCGCUCGCGAAGCCCGCGCCCUUCGUCCGGAAGCGCUGCUCACUGCUGCCUUCCCUCACCUUCGCCACCAGGCGCGUCCCCUCUCGCUUACGCUCGCCUCUGUGUUCCCGACACCAACAGCGGACCCCAUGCGCGCAGCCUCAGCGCCCCUUCGCGCGUUGGCUACUAUAGUCACUGCUCCUCACGUUCUUACUCGCCAGGAGUGCCGCUUCAAGCGCGCUGAGCUCACACGCCUGCGCGACGAGCGCGCGGAGAGGCUCGGUGUCCUCGCAGGCAUGCGCACGACAUUGCGUGACGCACCCUCAGAGCAAGAACUCGCCGCGCUUGUCCGUCGUAUGGGCUCACCUGCACAGACGCAGGCUGCCGUCGACGCCAGCGCCGCCGAGCUGAUUCCCGAGCUUACGACCUUGUGUACAACGGUGCUGCCAGCCCAAGCCGCAGCGCAUCGCAUGCGUAUUCACGAACUUGGCCUGUUGCGUCCGGGAUACUGGACACGGAUGUGGCCCGUCUUCGCUGCAGCGCCGCCCGUCUUACUGGCGCUGGGCGGAUACGCGUGGCGCUCGCGCGAAGCACUCCUCGAGAUGCUGCGGGACGCGAAGGAGACCGCGCGAGGCUUUCUCAUAGGAUACCUACUCGAACCGAUUAAGGAUGUCAUACGCACGGUGCGCUCCGGAGGCGAAGGUGGAGGCAUGCUUGUUCACAAAGAGGCUGUGGAAGCAGAUAUCGAGUCGCUGGAACGCAUGACGCUCGCUCUCGCCAGAGACAAGCUCGCGUACACGCAAGAUCAGCUGGAGCGGUUGUCUGCUCAGGUCCGCGUAGGGGACCUUACUCCCGUUAUGGAGAUGUACGAAGAUGAGAUUCGUCGACCGCUGCGCUCCGCCCUCACGGGCUCCCUCCUUCGUAAUGUAUUUGUGCAAGUGCAGAAGGCAAAGGUGGACAUCGACCAAGCUCUUUCGGGCAUCGACCGCCUACUCAAGUCUCAAGAGCUCACCUUUGCCUUUGUCGGUGUCGCGCCCGCCCUGCUCGUCGUCUACCUCCUGGGUGGUGUUACCGGGCGUCUGUAUGGCAAUGCUCGGCGCGGAAGUAUAUAUUCGCGCACUGGUGGCUCGCGCAGCGAACGCGUCCAGGCCUGGUUCGUCAUGCGCCGUAUCGAGCGCCUCCUUGUCGCGCAUGAACUUACACCUCUGACGUCGGGUCUGCUUCUGCUGUCCUUGACGCACCUUCGUGGCUACGGAGAGCGCUGCUUACCGCGCGGUUCUCGCAUCCGCGAGGGCUUCCUUGAGGAUGUCGACGAUCUGGAGGACCCAGAACUUGGCCGCAGGGAGAAACUGCGUGUCAUUGAGCGUAUGUGGCGCUGCUGGGGCGACCUACUGGGAUGGGGAAGGAAAGACAACGUAGGCGAUGCUAUAUAAGAGGUCAUGUGUGGUCGUAAAUGAGAGCGAGUUCGUUGGUACUACUAGUAUGAGUUUUGAGUAAAUGAGGUCCAGGGAGAACGACGAGUCAUACAUCCACUAUUGAGUAUAUAGUCCGCGGAGUUCUACUUGCUCAUCACCAAGCUGAACUGUGACAGAUGACGCCUCAUUCUCUGCUCUAACGACUUCUGAGCUGAUCGAGAUUUCGUCGUC